CGCCGCCACCUUUCCGCGGUCCAAGCCUGAGUCUGACCUCUCGCCUUCCUCCCCGGACAGCAUGAGCUUCUCCACCCGCUCCAGCACCUUCUCCACCAGCUACCGGUCCCUGGGCUCCGUCCAGUCGUCCGGCCACCGGGCCCGGCCGGCCAGCAGCGCGGCCAGCGUCUAUGCAGGCGCCGGGGGCUCGGGCUCCCGCAUCUCCGUGUCCCGCUCCACCCACUUCCGGAGCGGCUGGGGGUCUGGGAGCUUGGCCGCGGGGAUGGCUGGGGGCCUGGCGGGAAUAGGGAACAUCCAGGGCGAGAAGGAGACCAUGCAAGACCUGAACGACCGCCUGGCCUCCUACCUGGACAGAGUGAGGAGCCUGGAGAGUGAAAAUCGGAAGCUGGAUAGCAAAAUCCGGGAACACCUGGAGAAGAAGGGGCCCCAGGUCAGAGACUGGGGGAAUUAUUUCAAGACCAUCGAGGACCUGAGGGCUCAGAUCUUUGCAAAUUCCGUGGACAAUGCCCGCAUCGUUCUGCAGAUUGACAAUGCCCGUCUUGCUGCUGAUGACUUUAAAGUCAAGUAUGAGACAGAGCUGGCCAUGCGCCAGUCUGUGGAGAGCGACAUCCAUGGUCUCCGCAAGGUCAUUGAUGACACCAAUGUCACCCGGCUGCAGCUAGAGACAGAGAUUGAGGCUCUCAAGGAGGAGCUGCUCUUCAUGAAGAAGAAUCAUGAAGAGGAAGUAAAAGGCCUACAAGCCCAGAUUGCCAACUCUGGGUUGACUGUGGAAGUAGAUGCCCCCCAAUCUCAAGACCUCAGCAAGAUCUUGGCGGACAUCCGGGCCCAGUAUGAACAACUGGCUCAGAAGAACCGAGAGGAACUGGACAAGUACUGGACCACGCUGAUUGAGGAGCACACCAUAGUGAUCACCUCGCAGUCUGCUGAGAUUGGAGAUGCUGAGAUGAGGCUUAAGGAGCUGAGGCGUACAGUCCAGUCCUUGGAGAUUGACCUGGACUCAUUGAGAAAUCUGAAGGCCAGUUUGGAGAACAGUCUGAGGGAGGUGGAGAACCGCUAUGCCAUGCAGAUAGAGCAGCUCAAUGGGGUCCUGCUGCACUUGGAGUCAGAGCUGGCACAGACCCGGGCAGAGGGACAACGCCAGGCCCAGGAGUUCGAAGCACUGCUGAACAUCAAGGUCAAGCUGGAGGCUGAGAUCGCUACCUACCGCCGCCUGCUGGAAGAUGGGGAGGACUUCAGUCUCACUGACGCCCUCGAUAGCGGCAACUUGAAGCAAACCAUCCAAAAGACCACCACCCGCAGGAUGGUGGAUGGCAAAGUGGUGUCUGAGACCAGUGACACCAAAGUUCUGAGGCACUGAGGCAACAGAAGCAGGGUACCCUUUGGGGAACA